AUGUCCAUAGUCGAAAUCCUCCUUGGAGUCAACUCCCCUGUCGAUUUGGUUGUCAUCCUGUCAUUUCUGGCUGUGCUGUAUUUUGGUCUGAAAUCACUGAAACCACCAAGCCGUCCCAAAGGAUGUCGCCGCCUGGGAUUACCACCAGGCCAGAGCAAUCUGGAUGAUGAGUUCGAUUCGAAGUACAGCCACGGCCUCCCCAAUGGCCAGGAUACUCACGGUCGCCCAUCAUGGCGCGUGAAAGCAUUGUUCAGCUAUCCGCUUAAAUCUUGCGGUGCUGUGGAGCUGCAGACUUCUAAUGUCGUACCCACGGGGCUUGAAUUCGAUAGGCAGUUCGUCUUUGCCGAAUAUAUCGAUGAUGUAUGGAAUAUUCGCACCUUACGGAAUGCAGGCUUCAAUCGCCUAGCGUUGAUUCACCCUCAGAUCUGGAUUCCUGAUCCGUCUGCCCCAGACUACGAUGCCGACUUGACGGAGGUCAAAUCGCAGGGUGUGAUGCUAAUUUCAUACCCACGGACACCGCCAGCAGGCUGGCAUGGUCUGCCCAUCAAGGCCGGCAUGGCACUCAGGAUCCUUGAAAGACAGCACACAUUCCAAGUGCCGCUGUUUCCACCUACUGACUCUGAGUUCCCACUGGUCCCGGUCAAGAUCUGGAAAGACAAGACUCUAGCCUAUGACUACGGAAAACUGCUCCCAGCAUCUUUACACGCAUAUCUGGGCUCUGACCCGUCAACGGGCACCCUCACACUCUUCCGCGCCAGCACACCCCAUUCGCGGCAGAUCUUUCGCAAUGCACCGCGUAAAGAAGACAUAGGCUUCCAGCCGAACACAGCAUUCGCAGACGCCUAUCCGAUCCACCUGCUCAACAUUGCCAGUCACCGGGACGUAGCAGCGCGCUGCUCCUACGCAAUCCCACGACUAAGCAUCCGCCGGUUUCGUGCAAACAUCAUCAUUCAAGGACCGACUGCCUUUGCAGAGGAUCACUGGAAGCGAAUUUCUAUUGGCGACACAGAAAUCCACGCAUCCUGUCGGACUGUGCGGUGUCGGCUGCCUAAUGUUGAUCCUCUGUCAGGGGAUAGGCACGAUGCUGAGCCAGAUCGGACGCUGAAAUCAUAUCGGAGGAUUGAUGACGGUGAUCGGACUAAUGCUUGCUUGGGCAUGCAGCUUGUUCCUUCGAAGGAGGAGUUUGUAGUGAGGGUUGGGGAUGCUAUUGAGGUGCUUGAGACUGGGCCGCAUCAGUAUAUUAAGAUGUUGGCUCCUGGGGAGAAUGUUGAGGGUGUAUAG